GAACUACUUCCGCGAAACCGAAGGAGGUUCUGAUGAUCUGCUGUGCAGGUUUCCUCUGGUUUCAGUCCAAGUUGACCCGAUCUAAGGGACUGAGUUCUCGUUUGUAGUAACCGACCAUUGUUUCUGCGCCGACGGUGGUUUCCUUCCAGCAGCUGAAGAGUUCGACUGACUGGGGACCUGCGGGAAUGUCUUCGCUGUGGAGCCUGAGGCCAGCAUUGACGUCACUGCUUCGAGCAUCCCAGCAUGCCUCUGCCUGUACUGGCCCCCUCCCCUCAAGGACCAUGGCCACCCUCAACCAGAUGCACCGUCAGGGAAAACCCAAACUGCCUCCUAAAUCUGUCGGCACCACGUUCGGUCACCCCCAGCUGAAAGCCGUGGUGCUGAAGACCAUGAUCCGAAAGCCCAAGAAGCCCAACUCCGCCAACAGAAAGUGCGCUCGGGUGCGGCUCUCUAAUGGGAAGGAGGCAGUGGCCUUCAUCCCUGGAGAGGGACACAACCUGCAGGAGCACAACGUGGUUCUGGUGCAGGGCGGAAGAACACAGGACCUGCCUGGAGUCAAGCUUACUGUGGUCAGGGGCAAAUACGACUGUGCUCAUGUGGUGAAAAAGAAACAGUAGAGAAGAGACGGAUGCAGUGUGAUGUGAUGAUGAUGUGAAAUAAAUCUUUGUUUAAUA